AUGAGACGAGACGGCAGACCCAAUGCGCGCGGCUUCUGCCACACCAAGCGCUGCUUCGCUCGCUGCACCUUACCCAGGCACAUUGACUUCCUAUUAGUCGCUGUCUCGCCCCUCAAGUCAGAUUGGGUAGAUGCUGUUGACGGUCCAGGCACGCUCGAGGCGCACACCCACCACGCACACUCGCACAUGUGCAGUGCAGCAACAGCUCUCCUCUCACCACUCGCUGCUGUCGAGGUGACAAUCGAUAGGCAUCUGAAGGGCGGAAGCGCUAUUGCGACCAUGGCGCCAACAACAAUGCCCAAUUGA